AAUCUAAUAGACUAAUAGAGUAAAGUACUGUACGAUAAUAUUCAUUCUCUAAGUUGUUUACAAUUAGAUUGGAAUACCUCAAGUGAUGAGAAAUUAAGGAAAUAUACCGUCAGCUUGAAGUCCAAGAUAAGACCAAUGAGCUGUAACGUCUCAGUGUGAUGUUUAAUUUUGUUGUGAGAAGUUUGCCAAACGUCGUCUCACAGAACAUUAUCUCCACUGUAUUCCGUGUCGGUGCCUGGGCCGCUGUCAAGCAACGAGGGGAAAAGUUCCAUUCUAUCCCUAGGUUGGUAAUACUGCCCGGGAUGGACGUCAAGAUCAUACCUGCGUUGCAAGACAACUACAUGUACCUAAUAGUGGACAAUGAGACAAAAGAAGCGGCCGUGGUGGACCCAGUAGAACCAGAACACGUACUGGCAGAACUGAAGGGGAAAGAUAUCAAGUUGACUAAGAUCCUCACCACACACCAUCACUGCCAUACAUACAAUCCAUAUAGAGAAGUGUGUGAAGUCCAUUCUUUGCUCGAUCGUGAUGACUGCUGUGAAUCCACAAUACGUGAUGCUGUUCUGACUCGCUCUCCACAAUGUAUCAACGUGAGUCAACGUGAGCCACAUCAACGUGAUCCUGGCGAGCACCUGUGGGCUGUCAAACCCCUUACAACUUUGAAAAACCCUUAA